AUGACGGACGGCAUCUUGCUGCGCGAAAUGCUCUCGGACCGCGACCUGUCGCGCUACGCGGUGUUCAUGCUCGACGAAGUGCACGAGCGCACGAUGAACAACGACUUGCUGCUGCCGCUGCUGAAGCUGCUGCUCGAGCGGCGCAAAGACGCGAAACUGAUUCUCUCGAGCGCGACGCUGAACACGAAGCUGUUCAAGCAGUACUUCCCCGACGCCGCGGAGCUCUCGGUUCCCGGCCGGCUGCACGACGUGCAGAUUUUCUACAGAGAAGCGAGCGUGACCGACUUCGUCGAGGCGUGCGUGAUGCAGUGCUUGAGCAUCGUGCUCGGCGACGCCUCCGGCGACCUGCUGGUCUUCUUGCCCGGCAAGGAAGAAAUCAAACUCGCGGCCGAGAUGCUGCAGUCGCUCUUCCGCGCAAAAGUAAUGGCGCUCGACUCCGCGCACAAGCCGAAGCGCAAGCUGCGCAUCGCGCGCAUGUACGCGGGGCUCGAUUUGCAGCAGCAGACUGAGGCGAUGACGCCCGCGCCCGAGGGCUGGGUCAAGGCGAUUUUCGUGACCAACAUCGCGGAAACCUCGCUGACCAUCCCCGGCGUCGUGUACGUCGUCGACUCGGGGCUGGUCAAAAUCAACAGCUUCGACGCGCUCACGAACAACGACGCGCUCGUGCUGUCGCGCAUCAGCAAGGCGAGCGCGAAGCAGCGCGCGGGCCGUGCGGGCCGCGUCUGUCCCGGGUUCUGCUACCGCAUGUACACGCUGCAGGAGUUCGCCACGGAGAUGGUCGAAGAGACCGUGCCGGAGCUGUGUCGCUCGGAACUGACUUCCGUCAUCGUACUGCUCACGAAGCUCGGCUACAAAAACCUGCUCGAGUUCCCGUUCCUGACGCCGCCGCCAGAGGAUCUCGUGCUCGCGUGCACCGCGAUGCUGUACGAGUUCGCGUGCCUCGACGACCGCGGCUUUCUGACGGACCUCGGCGACGUGGUCUCCGCCUUCCCCGUGCCUGCGCAGCACACACUAAUGCUGCUCGCGGCUGCGCGCCUCGGCUGUUCCCUCGAGCUCGUGAAGCUCGUCUCGCUGCUGCAAGCGCCGAACCUGUUCUUGUGGCCCUACGACCGCGUCGAGCAGGCGAACCGCGCGCACCGCAGCUUGCAGCUGCACCCGCAGUCCGCCGUGAGUCUGCGCGGCCCGCCUCUGGUGGUCUACGAAAAAAUCAUCAAAGCGAUCGACCACUCGCUGGUCGAGCAGAUGAAGUACUUGGCCAGCCAGCCGGGCUUCCUGCAGAAGAUUUUCGACUCGAUCGCUCCUUCGAUCCAAGGCCACGAGCAGCUCAAGAAGUCGAUUGCGUGCCUUCUCUUCGGCGGCAGUCGCAAGACGCUUGCGGACGGCUCGACCACACGCGGAAACAUUCACGUGCUGCUGCUCGGCGACCCGUCCACCGCGAAGUCGCAACUGCUGAAGUUCGCCGCGCUCGCCGCGCCGGUCAGCGUGUACACGUCCGGCAAAGGCUCUAGCGCGGCGGGGCUCACCGCCGCGCUGAUCCGCGACCAACAAGGCUGCUACGCGCUCGAGGGCGGCGCGAUGGUGCUCGCAGACGGCGGGAUCGUGUGUCUCGAUGAGUUCGACAAGAUGCGCGACGUCGACCGCGUAGCCAUCCACGAAGCGAUGGAGCAGCAGACGAUCAGCAUCACGAAGGCAGGCAUCAACGCGAUGCUCAAGACGCGGUGCGCGGUGCUCGCCGCCGCGAACCCGACCUUCGGUUCCUACGACCCCACGCAGGAGGUCAGCGCGCAGCACAACUUCGAGGCCACCAUUCUCUCGCGCUUCGACUGCAUCUGGCUGGUCAAGGACGCGCGCAACGCGCAGCUCGACAACGUGAUUGCGCGCCACGUGUUCAACCUGCAUCGUGUCGGCGACAGCACGCGCCACGCGCAGACGCAGCAAGCGCGUGGCGCGCACUUCUCGCCGGAAGAGCUCAAGAACUACAUCCGCUUUUGCAUGACGAACUGCCGGCCCGUCAUGGGCGCAGAGGCCGCGAAAGUGCUCGAGAACUUCUACGUGCAGAUCCGCGAGGACGCGCGGCGCGUGAAGAAGUUGCGCGGUCCUACGGCGAUCCCGAUCACCGUGCGGCAGCUCGAGUCGAUCAUCCGCAUCGCCGAAGCGCUCGCAAAGAUAUCGCUUUCGAACGCGGUGCGCCAAGAGCACGUCGACGAGGCGAUUAUGCUGUUCAAGCUGAGCACCCUGCAGCGCGUGGAGCGUGCGAUCAAUACAUUGUUGCGGCAGAAGCGCGAGCGGCAGCCGCGUUUCAACUUCAUCAACGACCGCGCGCUUAUGGAUUUGUUGGGCAUCCGCACUAACGACCUCAGCAACUUGCUGGCCGCAACGCUGCAACUGAACCAUUUGGCUUGCUUUGACGAGUUCAACCGCAUCAGCUACGAGGCGCUCGCUGCGCUCGAAGAACUCAUUCGCAGUAACUGCUUCGCGGGCGACGUGUCGUCGGAGUGGGUGGAAGACUUCAACAGCUUGCUGGACGACAGCCGCACGUUGACGCUCAGCAACGGCGAGCGAAUCAGCGCGUUGGCGCUGCGCAAGUUUCUGCUCAUGUGCGGGCCGCCGGGCUGCGGCAAGACGCUGCUGGUCGACCACCACUUGAGCAGCCAGUCGCAGCAGUACAUCUUGAGCGUGCCGCAGUCGCACCUGAUUUUCAUCGGCGCGAGUGGCGCGGGCAAGACGCUACUGACGCGGCUGGCGUGCCACAUGCUGGACCGCAAGAUCAUCGAGUUGAAGCCGAUGUUCGAGUUCAACGACGCGGAGUUUACCGAGACGAUCAAGCACCUCGUGCGGCUUUGCGGCGUGCAGCGGCAGAAGGUCUGUUUUCUGCUCGAGGAGAUCAAUUUGUUCGACACGAACUGCACCGAGAAGAUCAACUCGCUGCUGACGUCCGGCACGGUUAUGGGGCUGUUCGAGGGCGACGCGCGGACGCAGCUGCUGCUCGAUUGUCGCGCGUCGUGGCCGGAACUGAGCGGCUUGAAGGACGCGGAUACGCUGGACCUCGUCACGGCGAACGUGCAGCAGAACUUGAGCAUCGUGUUCACGAUGAACCCGAGCAACGCGUUCUACCAGAACCGCAAGCAGACGAGCUCCGCGCUAUUCAAC